GGCGUCACAGAGGUGGGCGGGGCUUAGUGGCGCGGCCUGAGGACGGCGGGAGUCUGUGCUUGCUUCCUCGGCGGUGUCCCACGCUGCUCGCACGCUGUGCGGGGCAACAUGGCGGACACGGAAGUGUAUACUGUGCCGAAGAAACAUAAGAAGAAAAAGGAGCGGAAGUCGUUAGCAGAAGAAGAUGUAGCAGAGAUACAACACGCUGAGGAAUUUCUUAUCAAACCUGAAUCCAAGGCAGCUCAGUUGGACACAUCUCAAUGGCCCCUGUUGCUCAAGAAUUUCGAUAAGCUAAAUGUAAGGACAACACACUAUACACCUCUUCCUUGUGGAUCAAAUCCUCUGAAGAGAGAGAUUGGGGACUAUAUCAGGACAGGUUUCAUUAAUCUUGAUAAGCCCUCCAACCCCUCUUCCCAUGAGGUGGUAGCGUGGAUCCGACGAAUACUUCGGGUGGAGAAGACAGGACACAGUGGUACUCUGGAUCCCAAGGUGACUGGCUGUUUAAUCGUGUGCAUAGAACGAGCCACUCGCUUGGUGAAAUCCCAACAGAGUGCAGGCAAAGAGUAUGUGGGAAUUGUCCGGCUACACAAUGCUAUUGAAGGGGGUACUCAACUUUCUAGGGCCCUAGAAACUCUGACAGGUGCCUUAUUCCAGCGACCCCCACUUAUUGCUGCAGUAAAGAGGCAGCUCCGAGUUCGGACCAUAUACGAGAGCAAGAUGAUCGAGUAUGAUCCGGAAAGAAGAUUAGGAAUCUUUUGGGUGAGUUGUGAGGCCGGCACGUAUAUCCGGACACUGUGUGUGCACCUGGGUUUGUUGUUGGGAGUUGGCGGUCAGAUGCAGGAACUUCGGCGAGUGCGUUCUGGAGUCAUGAGUGAAAAGGACCAUAUGGUGACGAUGCACGAUGUGCUUGAUGCCCAGUGGCUGUAUGACAACCACAAGGAUGAGAGUUACCUGCGGCGGGUUGUUUACCCUUUAGAAAAGCUCUUGACAUCUCACAAACGGCUGGUGAUGAAAGACAGCGCGGUGAAUGCAAUCUGCUAUGGGGCAAAGAUCAUGCUUCCGGGAGUUCUCCGAUACGAGGACGGCAUCGAAGUCAACCAGGAGAUCGUGGUCAUCACCACCAAAGGGGAAGCGAUCUGCAUGGCUAUUGCAUUAAUGACCACAGCAGUGAUCUCUACCUGUGACCAUGGUAUAGUAGCCAAGAUCAAGAGAGUGAUCAUGGAGAGAGAUACUUACCCUCGGAAGUGGGGUUUAGGUCCAAAGGCAAGUCAGAAGAAGUUGAUGAUCAAGCAGGGCCUCCUGGAUAAGCAUGGCAAGCCCACGGACAGCACACCUGUCGCCUGGACGCAGGAGUACGUGGACUACAGUGACUCUGCCAAGAGAGAGGUGGCGGCCAAGGCAGCAAAAGCCCCGCAGGAAGUUGUUGAAGUGGUAAAAGCCCCAAAAGUAGUUGAUGAAGCGGUGAAAGCUCCCAAGCGGAAGCGAGAGAGUGAAAGUGACGAGACGUCACCACAGCUGGUCAAGAAAGAAAAGAAGAAGAAGAAGGAUAAAUGCUGUGAGGCUCUCUCUUUCUUCCAGGACAGUGACGCCAGCAAGAAGAAGAAGAAGAAGAAGAAAAUCAAAGUGGAAGUGGUUUCUGAGUAGUGGAGACCACUUUAAGCCCGAUGUCCAGUUGGGAGGAGAAAUUAAAAAGCCUUACUGAGAAAACCUAAUUCCUUUGGUUCUUGAGGGAAUGGAACCCAGGUCCCAGAAAGGGUGGAGAGCCCCGGCACGUUUUCCUGCUACCUGAGAGCUCUGUGAGGUCACCUGGUGCGCCCAUCCCAUCCUGUCCUGUUUUAAGGAUACGGGUGAAGGAGGCGGAUUUGAUGCCACCCGCUUCUCUGCUGGGGAGAGUCGGAACCCUCUCCUUCAGACCCAGCGCAGCCCGGGCACCGUCUCAGCCGUUGCCCGGUGGCUGUGUUGACACCCUCGCUCUCUCCUGGUUUGCACCCCGUCCCCCGCCCCGGCUCAUCGAAAGCGUCCGCACGUUGCUCAAUGAAAUGGUGUAGAGCAAGUAAAACCGUAGAACCGAGCCACGCUGCUCACUGCAGAGAUCAGUUUUUCCUCCCGCGUCCUAUGAGGACAGUGGUCUACUUUGGCGUCACGGCCACCUGUGUCACCCCCAUUUCCCCUGCCAGAGGCAGGCCAAACUUCUCAGCUGUUUUCCAGUCCAUCUCGGGCUUAGUGGUCUUCUGUGUACUUGUUCAGAGCCUGUGUGUACAGCCUCGUGCGCCUGGAUCCAUCUGCCUACGUGUUUUGUGACAGAAGCUAGAAACUGCUCUGUACUCUUAACCCUCCUUUACUUUCAAAGGAUGCAAUCACUCACUGUUGGGAGAAGGUUGGAAUUUUUACUUAUUAAACUUUACUUGUUUUUAAAAGUA